AUGGGUUCAACGGGUGAGACUCAGAUCACUCCAAGCCAUGUGUCUGAUGAAGAGGCAAACCUGUUUGCGAUGCAACUGGCGAGUGCCUCUGUCCUCCCAAUGGUUCUGAAAUCAGCCAUCGAGCUUGAUCUGUUGGAAAUCAUAGCCAAGGCUGGCCCUGGAGUUCAUCUUUCUCCCUCUCACAUUGCUUCUCAGCUCCCAACACACAACCCUGAGGCACCAGUCAUGUUGGACCGCAUCUUGCGUCUAUUGGCUUCCUACAACAUCCUCACUUUCACCCUCCACACUCUUCCUGAUGGCAAGGUUGAGAGGCUCUAUGGCCUUGCUCCCGUUGCCAAGUACUUGGUCAAGAACGAAGACGGCGUCUCCUUGGCUGCUCUCAACCUCAUGAACCAGGAUAAAAUCCUCAUGGAAAGCUGGUACUACUUGAAAGAUGCAGUUCUUGAAGGGGGGAUUCCAUUUAACAAGGCAUAUGGAAUGACAGCCUUUGAAUACCAUGGAACGGACCCAAGGUUUAACAAGGUUUUCAACAAGGGUAUGGCGGAUCACUCUACCAUCACAAUGAAGAAAAUUCUCGAGACCUACACAGGCUUUGAGGGUAUUAAAUCUCUGGUUGAUGUUGGUGGUGGAACUGGAGCUAUAAUAAACAUGAUAGUCUCAAAGUAUCCCAAUAUCAAGGGUAUCAAUUUUGAUUUACCCCAUGUCAUCGAAGAUGCCCCAUCUUAUCCAGGAGUGGAGCAUGUGGGUGGAGACAUGUUUGUCAGUGUUCCAAAAGCUGAAGCUAUUUUUAUGAAGUGGAUUUGCCACGAUUGGAGUGAUGAACACUGUUUGAAGUUUUUGAAGAACUGCUACGAUGCAUUACCAGAAAACGGGAAGGUGAUUGUGGCAGAAUGCAUUCUUCCGGUGGCUCCAGACUCUAGCUUGGCCACAAAGGGUGUGGUUCACAUCGACGUGAUAAUGUUGGCUCAUAAUCCAGGUGGGAAAGAGAGAACAGAGAAAGAGUUUGAGGCUCUGGCCAAAGGAUCUGGAUUCCAAGGUUUCCGAGUUCUGUGCUCUGCUUUCAAUACCUACAUCAUCGAGUUUCUCAAGAAGGUUUAAGUGUUUCGGUAUGGAGUCCCAUCAAGUUGCAUUUGGAUUGCUUUCCUGAAAAAAUUGUAAUUUUAUCGAGUGCAUUAGGAAAAGAAUAAUGAACAAGUUCAAUAUAUAACACAUAUUGCAAAUAACAAGUUCAGUUUUUCCUCAUUAAUGCCAA